GCGACCUCCCUUCUCCUCUACUUCUCUUGUUCCAAGAUCGUUGCAAACACUCUUCCCUUCUCUUAAAAUACCCCUCAUCAUACGAUAAUCCGUAAUCCUUCGCAAGACAAGACAAGAUGGCUUCACUUCCUCAGACUAUGAAGGCUCUCCAAUAUGAGAAGCCAGAAGUUUGGAGCAUCGUCCAGGUCCCUCUCCCUAAGCUGCGACCUGGUGACGUUCUAGUUAAGGUCAAGGCCUGCGGUGUUUGCGGUACCGACUUGCACAUUCACGAGGGAGAGUUCAUUGCCACGUUCCCCCUCAUUCCCGGUCACGAAACAAUCGGAGAGGUUGUCGCAUUUGCCGAUGACGUCAAGGGUUUCAAGGUUGGCGACCGUGUUGCCGCCGACAACUCCGAGCUUUGCGGUCACUGCUUCUACUGCCGAAGAGGCCAAGAACUCCUCUGCGAGGACUUCAAGGCUCACGGUGUUACCGGAUUAGACGGCGGUUUCGCUGAAUACGCUUCAUACACACAAGGUCGUCUCUUCAAGCUAAACAACAUCAGCGAUGUUGACGCCACUUUAAUCGAGCCAGCUUCUUGUGCUAUGCACGGUCUGGAGAAGAUCGCCCCCAAGCCCGGUUCUCAUGCUCUAUUGAUCGGUGCUGGUCCAACCGGUCUCAUGAUGGCCCAAUUCCUGCGACUCAGCGGUGUUUCGCAAUUAACGAUCGCUGCCCCCGAGGGUUCCAAGAUGGAAUUGGCUAAGAGUCUAGACGCCGCCGACAAAUACGUUCCCCUUUCCCGAUCGAACCCGGCUCCCCAAUGGGAACAAAUUAAGAAGGACAACCCGUAUGGUUUCGAUAUUGUCGUCGAAGCUAGCGGUAGCUCCAAGGUCCUCGAGGAUGCCAUCAACUAUGUUCGCAGAGGAGGAAAGCUCGUCUGCUACGGUGUAUACCCCAACGCUGCUCGCGUUUCUUGGCCACCAUCCAAGAUUUUCGGUGAUGAAAUUACUAUCAUCGGCUCCUUCUCUGAGACUUACAUGUUCCCGUCCACCGUCGACUACCUAGACAGCGGUAAGGUUAAGACAAAGGGUAUUGUAAAUAAAGUAUUCAAGCUCGAACAAUGGGGCGAGGCUCUGGAGAGCAUCCGGAAUAAGUCGGCUAUCAAGGCUGCCAUCGUUUUCGACUAGGUUGGAAUACUGUAGAGAGUGUAUUUCGGGAAAAGGACGAAGUAUGAACGGCCACUGCCCUUUGGUAGUCUGGAUGUAGUUAAAACAAACUUCCCUCUUAAAUUAAGAAAAAAAAUCCGAUUCGUCCCACCCCUUAGGCUAUCUCCCCCGUUUAUAGACGAGGAAGCGAAACCCUUGCGAUAAAGAUGAGCCAAUGAAAGGAGAAGUUUCUC